CACACUCUAUCUCCUCGCCAGUCAUCCUGGUUACCACGUCUGAAUACUAUCUUCCUUUGUAGGCCUAACACACACACGACUGCCAAAGCUAAACAUCCGAUAUCUCCCCCGACAUCACGACAAUCGCAUAACAUGGCAGACGAUGUGCCAGACGGCGGAGAUCCCCUGCCCAAUCCCGGUAUCGGUCCCGGGUCAGUCGAGAAAUACCCUAAAGAACUAGCAUGGCAGACCCGGCCUCCGUAUCGCGUUGUCUCGCGCGACGAGUUUGGCGAAGUGAAGUGGAAAGGCGGAUGCCACUGCGGCCGGGUCACCUACGAGGUGAACAGGGAGCAACCGUUGAAGGCCAAAUAUUGCCAUUGCCGGGGAUGUCAAGUGGUACAUGGUGCACCCUUUCAGUGGGCGGCCAUCUUCCCGAAAUCCGACAUCUCGUUCACCAAGGGGGCGGGUGGCCUCGCAUUCUAUGCCUCUGAUCGCAAGACGACCGAGUACAAGCUUCCCACCAAAGUGUCGUGUGCGUACUGUCGGACCCCGAUCAUGGACGAGGGAAGGAACAUGUGCCUUCUCUUCCCCGGGACGAUCCACUUUGGCGACUCAAAAGAGGAACAAGAGGCAUGGAUGAAAGCGUUUGAAAUAAGUUGCCAUAUAUUUUAUAGCCAGAGGUCUCUCAAUAUCCUUGACGGAAAGCAAAAGUGGUCGGGAAUGGAUGAGAAUAGUGACCUUGUCGAUGACUAUGGGAAGAAGAUAUAAUACUCUCACUGGAGUAGUUAUGGGGGGCACGAAAUGAUAUUUAUAAUGUAACAAAACUGUUGGGAUUGAACUGAUGGGCAUAGUCCGACGGACCUGUUUAUUAUGUCGGCUUUAAAUGUAUUAUGAAAUAGAACACCAAUGUUAAGGACAGGAUGGGCAAUGGGCAGAAGUACAAAUCACAGAGCAAAGCUUU